AUGGCUAUCACGCCAGCACCGCACCAGACUUCCGACUCGGACGGCCUCGCCUACGAUGCUGGUGAGAAGGAGAUGCAUCAGCAAAUCGAGCAUGCAAAUACGUCCAUGACACCAAUGGACAACGGAGAGGAUGGAAAGCUCACCAAGGAAACUAUUCUGGCCUACAUAGCAAUGUGCGGCCAGAUCAACGCGUACAUCAUGUCCAUGCUCAUCCCAGCAACGACCCUUUCCUACAUUAAUGCCGAACUCGGACCAGACCCCAACUCGACGUGGAUUACUCUGAACUGGACGUUCGGCGCCUCGAUGAUCGUCUCCAUCGGCGGACGUCUCUCUGACAUUUUCGGCCGCCGCUACUUCAUGAUGACAGGUGCUUUGAUAUCCAUCUGCGCCUGCCUCGUCGGCGCGAACGGGCGUUCUAUCAACCAGAUGAUCGCGUCAGGCGCGCUCUUCGGCAUCGGCUCAGGGUUCCAAGAGCUUUGCUACGCCUGCGUGCAAGAGGCCGUGCCCAACCGCUACCGCGUCAUGGCCGUCGGCGGCCUAGACGCCAGCUUGGCGCUCGCCUUCUCGAGUCCGCUCGUCAGCUACGCCUUCAUUGCGCAUCAGCACAUUGGUUGGAGGGGCGCCUACUGGUAUCUGUUUUCAUUCCACUGCUUUGCGUUUUUGAUGCUAUUCUUCUUCUACAACCCUCCCGAUUUCGAGAUGAAGCAUCGCGAAGAUGGCGAGACGAAGUGGCAGCUGGUAAAGCAGAUGGACUGGGUUGGUGUCUUUCUCUUUCUUUCAGGCGGUGCUCUGUUCUUGAUCGGUGUCAACUUUGGCGGCCGCACCUAUCCGUGGACGCAUCCCGGGACGUUAUGUCCGAUCAUCAUAGGAGGAUGCUGCUUUAUUGCGGUUGGGUUGUGGUGCACAUAUGCGCCGUUGAGAUAUCCUCUCUUCCCACCAAAGCUGUUCAGGAGAGUGCGCGAGUUCGACAUGGUCAUCGUCGUCUGCUUCGUAGGCGGCAUGCUCUACUACAGCAUGAACGUGCUGUGGCCCCGCCAGUCACAGGCAUUCUUUGUGCCCGAGGGCGACAUCAUCAUGCGCGGGGUGUAUGCCACCAUCUUUUCCUGUGGCACUUGGACCGCCGGCCUCGUCGUCGUCUUCAUCUGCUCCCGCCUGCACCACGAAAAGUGGCAGCUUGUAACCUUCACCAUUGUCCAGACCGCCCUCAUCGGCUCAAUGGCCUCGGUCGGCGCCAACGACGAGGCCCAAGCCAUAGUGACAGUGGUCCUGGCUGCCACGACCAUCACCCCGCCUCAGCUGCUUUCAUUCAUCAUGCUGUCAUUUGGCCUCGAGGAUCAGCGAGAUCUGGGCGUUGCCGUUGGCCUCGCAGGCACGUUCCGCCUGUUUGGCGGUGCCGUGGCAACGGCGAUCUAUACAGCCAUCUACACGAACCGCUUCAACGAGGUCCUCCCGGGGCAGUUAACGGCUGCGAUUCAGGCCUCGGACGUUGAGUUCUUUGAAGGCCUGCUGCAGUCCAUGAUCAAGGCGGCGACACUCAACACACGCACAGCUUAUGAGGCGGUUAGCGGGGCGACGCCAGAUCUCGUGGAUCGGGUCAUCGAAGGGGCGCGCGAGUCCUAUGUCCAAGGGUUCAGCUUGGUGUAUCUCGUAGCGAUAGCUUUUGGCGUGUGUGCUACCAUUGCGGCGGCGUGUACAGUGAGCACGGACCGGAGCAAGAAGAACAACGACAGAGCCGUUGUCAUGAAGGACGAAGUGCUGAAGAGGGAUGCGAUGCUGCAGAAGAAGACGGUGGCAUAA